AUGGAUGACGAUUUACCGACCGACUUCCAGGUCAUCGUAGUUGGAACGGGCAUGGUGGAGUCAAUUGUGGCUGCUGCUUGCAGUAGGAUACACAAAAAUGUUUUACAUUUGGACUCCAGCGACCAUUAUGGUGGAUUAUGGGCUUCUUACAACUUUGAUGGCCUACAGAAGUUCAUAAAGGAGGUAAACUCUGACCCUGAAAAGCAGGUUCAGGUUUACAAUUUAACAGAGCAGUGGUAUAUUGAGAAGGAGUCUCCACCUGAAGAUGAAAAAGGAGAAGGAGAAGCUAAAGCUGAAGAUGGGAAAACGGAUCCUCCUAAGAAGAUUUGGAGCCAGGCCAAUUUUGCUUCUGAAUAUCGGAAGUUCAACAUUGACAUGACACCCAAGUUGCUGUUCUCCCGCGGACCUUUGGUCGAGUUGCUUAUAUCCUCGAACAUAGCUCGCUACGCCGAGUUUCGAUGCGUCACCCGCGUACUGACGUGGAUGAACGACCGCCUCAUGCCCGUGCCCUGCUCGCGCGCCGACGUGUUCGCCACCGAGGCUGUCAGCAUCCUCGAGAAACGGAUGCUCAUGAAGAUGCUGACGUCCAUCGUCGGCUACAACGAGGAGGAAAUGAACAACGAGUUCAAAGAUUGGAACGACAAAACCUUCAAGGAGUACUUGGAGCACAAGGGUCUCUCCGCGAACUUGAUCCAUUACGUGCUGUUCGCCAUCGCCGGCGGCACUGAGGGCAUGCCGUGCCUGGAGGGAGUCAAGGAGUGCAAGAAGUUCCUCAUGAGCCUCGGCCGUUACGGGAACACGCCCUUCCUCUGGCCUAUGUACGGAAGCGGCGAACUGCCGCAAUGCUUCUGCAGGCUGUGCGCGGUGUUUGGCGGGGUGUAUUGCUUGAACCGACCGAUAGAUUCGGUCGAGACCAAGACCGUGGAAGAGGGCAAGACUGUGGUGGUGAUCGGUAGCAAGUCCAAGACCCUCAAUUGUGACCACCUGGUCAUCGGAAUCAAUGAGUGCCCAAAGGACCUGGUGUCGCCGGAGCCGGUGGCCACCAGCGACAUCUCCAAGGCGGUGUUCAUCACCAACGGCACCAUAAUGCAGAGCGAGAAAGAGCCCCUGACGCUUCUGCGCUUCCCCCCCCUCAUCGAGGGCGGCGGGGCGGUCACAGUGCUGGAGGUCGGCCCGGCGACCGGCUCCUGUCCCAAAGGACUAUUUGUGGUGUACUUCAUUACGAACAAAGUCGCCGACGCCGAGAGCGACUUGAAGCCUUACGCUGAGAAAAUCUUCGACAUGUCCGGCGGCGACCAAACCGAGGAUUCCGAGAAACCUAAGUGUCUGUGGUCGCUGUUCUACAACGUGAAGGAUACCAGCGCGGCGGCGGAGAGCGCCUCGGCCUGCGUGCACGUGUGCUCCGGCCCGGACGCGGGGCUCGACUUCGACCGCGCCGUCGAGCAGGCUGAACAGAUCUUCAAGAAGAUCUGCCCUGGCGAAGAGUUCCUACCGCGCGCCCCUGAUCCCGAGGAAAUCGUUUUCGAAGACGACGUGACCCACGGUCCCGAAUUCGAGCGCGAACAAGAAGAUGAGGCCGAUGGCGACGCGCCUAAGGAG